GUGACUCCUCCCUCCGUCCUCCAGUCGGAGCCCCGGGCCCCGCAGACCCUGAGCCCAGACUCUGUGCACCUCUCCCCCGCUGGACCCUCCGCUCGGUCCCGGCCCACCGCGCCAUGGAGCGGCUGUAGCCCGGUUCGGUUCGGCCCGGCAUGUCUCCGCUGCAGGUGUCCGUGCUGUGGCGCCUCGCGCUCGUCUUCUUCUUCUCCUCGUUCCUCUUCUUCCUUGACAUCUUCACCGCCGCUGUGGCCGCCGACACCUGUCGCCAUGACAACGGCACCGGCGGCUCGGUCCCGGACGCGGCCGGCAACCAAUCAGGAUCCGUCGGGUUUCCAGUCCGCAACGCUGAUUGGACGAUGAAGCGCGGGACCGGAGACUCAGUGUGUGCGUGGACAGACUGGUUGUCGUAUGGUCAGACCUUCUUCAUGGGGGGUUUACUGCUGGGGUCUCUGAUUGGAGGAGCCCUGUCCGACAGGUAUGGGAAGCGUCCCGUGCUCUUGGCGUGUGUCUCCAUCCACGCCGUCUGCGGUGUCCUGCCCGCCAUCCUUCCUCAGCCGCUGGUCUUUGUUGCUGUUCGUUGCCUGACAGGCGUCUGCUGUUGCUGCAUCAACAUCUGCUCCUUCAGCCUUGCGGUGGAGUGGACUCCGCCCACCGUCCGUCUGUGGCCGCCAGCCUUCCUACCGUUCUGCUUCAGCCUUGGGACGAUGGGCGGGGCUCCACUGGCAUGGCUCAGCCCCACCUGGAGGUGGCUCCACCUAUCACUGUCUCUGCCACAGCUCGUCUGCCUGCCGCUCUACCUGUCCAUCCCAGAAUCUCCUCGCUGGUUGUUGUUGAAGAAGAGGAUGGAUGUUCUGGACCGUUACCGUAGCAACAGCAAAGCAGAUAAACAGUGUCUGGACCUGCUGCUGGACUCGGCCUGGUCUGACCUUCAGAAAGCCACUGAGGCUCAGGAUGACCAGACACCUGGAGGACACGCCUCCUGUGACAUCAUCCACCUGCGGCACCCCACCGUCCUGCUGCGGCUGUCAAUCAUGGGUUACCUGAGUGUUGCGUCAGCGUUAACCUACUUUGGGAUAUGUAUGAACAUCGGCUCCUUUGGCGUUGGCGUAUACUCCGCCCAGUUCUUUUCCGGCCUAUCAGAGGCUCCGUGCCUGCUCGUCCCAUUGGUUCGCCUCGGACGUCGGGCAAUCAGCAUGCUUGCUCUGUUCCUGAGCGGCACCGCCUGCUUCCUGUCGUUACUGCUGUCCAGACACAACGCUGAACCUGUUGUGGUGAUGAGUUUAGCGCUGCUGGGAAAACUCUGCAUCCUGGCGGCAACUUUCAUCUCCACAUUGUACAGCAUCGAGUUGUUCCCCACCGUCGUCAGACAACGUUGCAUGUCACUCGUUAACCUGUGUUUCCGAAUCGGUUGCCUGGCCAACACCUUGGUCCCACCCAACCCCAACGGAGCCAUCUCAUUGGCUGCCAUGCUGGUCUACAGCAGCGGACCAAUUGUAGGCUGCGGUCUGUGUCUGCUGCUGCCAGAGACCAGCGGCGUCCCGCUUCCUGAUUCGGUGGAGGACUGUGACAGACAGCCGAGGCCCCGCCCACCCAGCUGGAGCGCCCUCUGGAGGAAGCGGACAUUGGACGUCGCCGUUGCAGAAAAAGACGAUGCCCAAACUCCGACGUCGCAGACAGGACUGAUCUGAUUUUACUGAAUCAAUUCCAUUUGUUUGAUUAAAUACAAGAUGUAUGUGGGUUUAAACAUGAAGACGGUCGUUUUUACCUCUCGGACAGCAUUUUGUGGCUUAAAUUUACUGUAGAUUGUUUUGCAUUUACUUGGUUUUGUGUUUUUAACUAAGUGAAUCGGUUGUUGUCAUCGUUUGGACAAUAAAGAUCAGUUCCAACUUCA